CCGCCGGGCGCUGCGGCCGCGGGACACCGGCCCUGCGCGCUGCACCGGCGGACCAAGCUCGCUAACCCUGAGCCCCGUGCCGGGUGGGGAUGUCGCGAGAGGCGGCAGCCUCUGAGGCGGAGCCCGAGCUGCUGGACAUCGCGCGCGGCCUGGAGAACCUGCCCGUGAGCGUGUGGCCCCCCGGCGCGGAGCCGGAGCCCUUCGAGUACUGGCCGGACCCCGUGGCAGGCCCCGGCGCCCCGGCCGACCCCGCGGAGAUCGCGCUGCCCGGCUGCCUCUGCCCGCCGCCCGCCUGCCGCGCCGCGUGCGCCUGCCUGCGCGGGGGUCCCGCGCCCUACGACGCGGAGGGGCGCAGCCUGCAGGCGCGGGGCGCGGCGCCCGCGCGGCCCGUGUUCGAGUGCGGCGCGCUGUGCGCGUGCGGGCCGGCGUGCGGGAACCGCGUGGUGCAGCGCGGGCUGCAGGUGCGCCUGCAGCUCUUCCCCGCGAGCGCCAAGGGCUGGGGGCUGCGCGCGCUGGAGCCGCUGGCGCGCGGCCGCUUCGUGUGCGAGUACGCGGGCGAGGUGCUGGGCGCGGCCGAGGCGGCCCGGCGGCUGCGGGCCCGGCCCCCCGGCGCCCCCAACUACCUGCAGGCCGUGCGCGAGCAGGUGCCCGGCGGCCGCCCGCUGCGCACCUUCGUGGACCCCACGCGCGUGGGCAACGUGGGCCGCUUCCUGAACCACUCGUGCCAGCCCAACCUGCUCAUGCUGCCCGUGCGCGUCCACUCGGCUGUGCCGCGCCUGGCGCUCUUCGCCGCCCGGGACGUGGCCGCCGGCGAGGAGCUCACCUACGACUACUCGGGCCGCUUCCUGAACCCCGGGGGGGCCCAGGGCCAGGAGGAGCCCCCCGAGGGAGAGCCCCGGACGCCGUGCCACUGCGGGGCUGCCUCCUGCGCCGGCCUCCUGCCCUUCGACGGCUCCCUGUGCGCGCCCGAGGAAGAGGCGCCCACCCAGGACCCUCCGCAGCCGUGUCCCCCGGUGUGACCCUCAGGGAGAGCGCCCGGCCCGGCCCGGCAGCGUGAGGGCAGCGCCGGACACGGGCAGGACUCUGAGGGACCGCCAGGCCACCUCACCGCCACCGCUGCCCGCAGCCACCCUCUCCAGCCCCGGUGGCCCAGGACCACGCGCGUGGGAUCCAAGCGGAGACGCGGGUCCGACGGGGAGCACCUAAGAACAAGGAGCGUUUGAGCACUUUCCUCCUGCCGCCUGGCCCGAGCCCCCGGGGCCUGGGAAAGGGCUCUGGGCGCCUGUGCCUCCUCCGGGGCCCACCGAGGGCCACUGCACAUCUCCACGACAACGGUGUCUCAUUCACUGACCGCCAAUCAGGGGACGCCCGGAGCCCCUCACUGUGUCUAAUAAAGUCCUUCUCGCUGUGUCUUGAUGUGCAUCCUGGGAAAGCGGCAGGGCCGUGGCCGCUUGUGGCCUGUGAGACCCCCACUCAGCUCUCGCCCUGACGGGAGAGGCCUGAGCUGUCCUCGGUGUGUGACGUGCGGCCACAGGACAGGGCUGCCAGGGCCUCCCCAUCUCAGGAGUGAUGACGAGGCAGUGACUGGCUGGCGGCCAGG